CACAGUGCCCGGAUCUGAGUGCGUGUCUACUAGGCGGCGCUACACAACGACCGCUCUGUUGUUGUCGGCUGUUCCACCAGCCCUCAGCCCUCAGCUCAGCCGACUCAGUUUCCGACUUCCGAGGAGGGAGUGCGCAGUUGAGCUAGGAAACACAGAAAAACCACGGCCAAUGCCAAUGUAUACAUUUCAUACUGAGAUAUUAGGCGACUUUUGUGUGAUGUGUUGUGUGUUCUGAAGAAAGGAGGGAUGUAGAAACAUUCUUUUUACGCCGAAGAGACUGAGCUAUACGAGAAUAGAAUAUCUUUCUAUUGGAAACGGAUGCUCGCAAAGGUCGAGGAGUGUCAAAACAAAGAUAGCGUCAGAAUACGACCUGAUCUUUGCAGGAGAGAAAAGCAGACUGACAGACCAACCAACUGACCAUCAGACAAACUGACCAUGCCUUUCUGUUGCUGCGCCUCCCAGGCUGAAGGCAAGGAUAACUAUACAGUGGACCUGAACAAGUUGCUUUGUGACAGUCCAGAGUUUGUCUCCCUGGACACACAAUUCUCCAACGACACCGCAGCUCCUCAGACAUACAAGUUCCGGUUUGAGAAGCAGCGUCGCAGCAGGGUGACUGUGUCGUUUCAGCGCGGGUUUACGCUCGGCGGCAAGGCCAAAUUUACAGUGGGAUUGCCACUUGCUGGUGCAGAAGCCAGUCUACAGUAUCAGGUGACCAAGAGUGAAGGGGAGACAUUCGAGGAGAGCCUCCUGAUGGAAGCCACCAGCGACAUCAGUGUGGGACCACACAGCAAAUACUUGGCACAAAUACAGCUGGAGGAGCGGAAAGUGCUGGCCGACUUCAAAGUCGUCAUGCGGAUGUCGAUGCCGCAGGGGGAAGUUCCCAUCCACAUCCGUCGGAAGUCGGACGAUGAGCUCCUUUUCGUGUACUAUAUUGAAAAUUUAAAAGAUCUGUUCUUGCACGGUGCUGUACCGUGUGCAAAGGAGGUCAAGACGGAAAGCGGUGAGUCCGUUCAGUCCCAGAUUGACCUUGAGGUGGAGGGUGUUAUCAGCGGGACUGUCGCCUGCAACCACCGAAUACAGCUCACUUCGGAUGAGACGCUGCAGGCUAAGCAAGAGGCUCGAACCAAGUACCUUCAGGGACAAGGGUUAGCUGACUCCGGUACAGCAUAGAGUAUAAAUUCGUCUGCUGUGCAUUGGAUGUCACAACGGUGCACUAUUGUGCUUUCUUAGCUGAUGAAUUUUCAGCUCAAACAGAGACAAGUGCUGCACAUUGUAAUCCAUUUUCUCGAAAAUUUCAUGCCAAGAUAUUAUAAUUAUAAAUAAUCGUUCUCAACUAAGUCAUACAAAUCUAUUGUCAAGUCAUCACGAAUGACAAUAAUCAUAAUAGUUUGUCUGUCAGUGCCUGGUGAUGACCAACACAUUUUCAGAGGAGGAUAUUUCUUAAAGUUAAAGCUAAACAGAAGAAAUAAGGAUCAAGAUGAUUUGUGGCUUCUCCUAUGAUCAGUAAAAUCAAUUCUGGCAGAGAAAAAAAAUACAAUAUGGAAUGCUUCAUGAAUUUGCGUGUCAUCCUUUGAAGGGGCCACAUACUUAUCAGAGCAAACGGGAAUGGCUGAUUUACUUAACUGAGUAAGAUGUAUCCAGGCAUACCAAACUUACAAGUGAAUUUGCAAUUAAACAGUACAGUACAUAUCAUUUGUGACUUCUAAGAUUUAAAAAAAUAAAAAA